AUGAAUGCGCGAACAAAACAGUUGCAAUUGGUAAGUUUUAGCAUUUUUAUCGAUAAUUUAGGUAGUAAGAGUAGCCUUCUACUUUUAUUUUGAACUCUAGGGUAGAAUGAUUCUUUCUACGGCCGCCAUGGUCACGGGCUUUCCGAAUGAGUUGAGCCUUAUUUAUUCCAACCUUUAUUGAUUAUAUUGAUCUUGUUUUAGACUGUCGAAUCGCGCCAAUUACAAGAUGCGGCGUCUUGCAUAUUUCAUACACUGCUUCUUCACCGAACGACUGGAAAAUUCCACUAUUCGACUGAUGUAAACUACAAGAUCGGGUGUAUAGGACUUCAAGAAAUUCAAUGCGAGGAGAUUGAUCUCACUUAUGUAAGUGUAAAAUAAAGGUUAUUUACUUUUUGUAAACCAACAAAGUUAUGCUUAUUUCAUUCUCUCCCAACGUUGUCGAUCAGCUUUUGUUAGGCAUGCUAGCUUUUACUAUUAUCUACUCUAUGGCAACUAAAAUCCCCUUUUCAGGUACGGGUAAACAGUCCUGAAUUGAUAUCAGACGUGGAGAAAAGUGUGUCUGACAUUGGAGAAGCAGUCAGGAAUUCGACCAAGACCGGUUUUGUUGUAGGAUCCUCUCCCAAGUCGAAUACAUCGUCCCCAUCACCGAGUGUUAGACUUUAUGGCAUUGGUAAGGAUAUCUCAAUGUUAUUAUUUGGUGUUUAGAGAAAUGGGAGACCUUGAUGACGGCUCCGAUGAAGUUAGAGUUCUAUCAGAAACGAAAGAGGCAAUGGCCUAUGCCCGAAGAUCAUUCGCCUUGGGAGGUCUGGGAUCUGAAUUUAGAGGUUGUGAAAAUAGAAUCAACUGGUGAGUCUGAUCAAAUAGAAGAAGGAUGGGGCUUAUUCAUGAAGAUUUAUGGUUCCCUUUGAAUGAAUUUCAUAACAAGUCCCUGUUCCUUUCAAAAAGCGCAGUCGAAAACGUUCAAAAAUAUUUAUGGAUAUUAUAAUUACAUUUUCGAAGACAACGUUAAUGGCUUAUUUACAGAGGACUUUACUCCGAUGAGGGAGUAUGUGGGCGAAAGACUCGGAGAGAUCGUCCUAAACAUAUGUCAAUGCAUGAAUCGCUCCCAAUACAUGCCCGCCAUGCCUUCUCGUGACUCACUGGCUGACGUCUUUGAUGAUCGUUUCAGCGAUUGCGAGCCCUACCUAUAUCGGAUCGACUCCGACCUUAUCUCCAAGCCGAAUGAUCUUAACUCCAGGUCGAAUUAUAUGAUGAGAUUGCUUCGGGAUACCAUGAAGUUUACUGGCUAA